UCCAAAAUUAGCCAAAAAACACACGAAGGGGGAAAAUAAAAAAGAAGGGCUGUUGCAGGGUCGAGAUCGAGACAUGGAAAGAGGAAUUCGUUGGGGGCGACGAGCUUGAAACCCUAAACCUAACCCUAACCCCAAUCCUAAUCCUUGCAUCUUCGUCGAACCAGAAGGAGAAGGGAAACCCUAGAUUGGUCGGAAGGAUCCGAAGGGGAAGAGGAGGAGGAGGAGGCGGGAGGAGCGAUCUAGAAGGAGAGGGGAAACCCUAGAUUCGUCGGAAGGAUCCGAAGAGAAAGAGGAGGAGGAGGAGGAGGAGGAGGAGGAGGAGGAGGAGGCGGGAGGAGCCGCGAUGGGGAAGAAGAAGAAGAGGGUGGAGAAGUUUUGGUGCUACUACUGCGACCGUGAGUUCGACGACGAGAAGAUCCUGGUCCAGCACCAGAAGGCGAAGCAUUUCAAGUGCCAUGUGUGCCACAAGAAGCUCUCCACCGCGAGCGGCAUGGCGAUCCACGUGCUCCAGGUCCACAAGGAGACCGUCACCAAGGUUCCUAAUGCAAAGCCUGAUAGAGAUUCAACAGAGAUCGAGAUUUUUGGUAUGCAAGGGAUUCCUCCAGAAAUAUUAGCGGCUCAUUAUGGAGAAGAUGAAGAUUCCUCUGCGAAGAUGGCUAAGUUGGAAGUGCCACCUGGUCGACUUGCCACUGGUGUGGUACCCAGUCCAGGCAUUGGCUAUCCUCCACUACCAACUUAUGGUGCGAUGCCUCCAGUUUACAAUCCAACAUUGGUGAUGCAGCCUCCAACUUGGUCCAUCCCAAGGCCGCAGCCAUGGUUCCCACCUCAACCAGCUGUUCCACUCCCUAUUCCACCUACAGGGAUGGCACCACAACAACCUUUGUUUCCUAUUCAAAAUGUAGCAACUCCUUUAGCAUCCACUUCUGCUCCUGGUCUGCUACCAACCAUGCCAGUUGGCGCACCUGGUCUACCAUCACCCGUGCUCACUCCGGUGUCGCAGCCACUUUUCCCCAUCAGUACCAAUGUAUCGACUCCCCCACCGGCAACAGUUACACCAACUUCUCCAGCAGUAUUCGGAGGUUCAGGUGACACGAACUCCGCGUACGCCACUCCUACAGCAAGUGGAUAUGAUGCCAUAAACAAUCAAGGUGGUGCUCCUUAUGCAAAUUCACAUAGUUAUGCGUCUGGGCCGAACACUGGUGCCCCUUCAAUUGGGCCCCCACCUGUGAUAUCUAACAAGGCCCCUGCUACUCAGCCAGCCACCAAUGAGGUAUACUUGGUCUGGGAUGACGAGGCAAUGUCCAUGGAGGAAAGAAGAAUGUCUUUGCCAAAGUAUCAGGUGCAUGAUGAAACUAGCCAGGUAAGUCGUCACACCCUUUCCUUAAUUCGUUCGAUGGAUCUGCAAUACCUUUCGCAGGUCUAUCUGGGUAAGGUAUGCAAAAUCAGUACCUUCCAGAAAUAUUUGCUAUCACUAAACUGCAUCACUGUGAUUUGAUGAUGCAUAUAAACUAUUAUAAAUUUGGCACAUUCUUAUCGAUUUUGUGGCCCAUACUGAAUUUUACCCUCUAUAUUCUAUUCUGUUCUAUGUCAUCAAUGACUUCUUUAAUCUCACCCUCUGCUCUACACCUUAUGUAUAAUGAUGAUGUGUGGGCGUCAAAAAGGUUUGUAGGCAUUUAAAUUACUCUUUGCUGCUAGUUAGUUUUACAAACUGACAAUCUCAUGCUGCAAAUGACUCGAGGGUUCUCAUCAUAGCACCAGGGGGAAUGCGAAAAUGUGUAUGUAUUUUGUUAAAUUUAAUUUUAAAUUUUUGUUCUAUAUUCUUUCUCCCUAUUGCUGAACUAAGCGUAGGGAUUUGAGUGGAACAAGAAUAUAAGUAUGCACUGGCAGGCUUUUGCCAAAUCAUAGCAUAUCUUGUUAUCUAUUUUUGGUCACAGUCGCAACCAGAGUUUGGUGCAGGUCAGCAGAUUUCAUUCAAGUUUAGCUCUUUUAUAUGUUGUUAGAUAAGAGAAGAUCAAAGUACCCCACUUAUGUUUUGUAUAAGCUCUUUUUUCAGCGCAACUUAUCUGGUUCUCUUGUUCAAAUAUCUUUUUAAAACAGAUGAACUCCAUUGAUGCGGCCAUCGACAGAAGGAUAUCGGAAAGCAGGCUUGCUGGUCGAAUGGCUUUUUAGUUCUUUUUUUGAAGCUGCAUCUUAAGCUUAAAAUCGCAUAACAAAACACAGCUAGGAUGCAUUUUUGUUUAUGCCAUUCUUUAGGGUCUUGUUGGCCUAAAAUUAAGUGUCUCUGACGGAGAAGUCAUCUAAGAUUCGGGCGCCAUUCGUGUAACCUAUUAAUGGCUAUUGUAACCUGACUUGAUCAGUUUCUCAAUUGUCUGACUUAUCAAGAUUGUAAUCUCACUAGUUGACAGAUCUGUUACAUUUUUGUCAAAUUUGAUGUUUUCAAUAUAAGAAUUUCUUUCUGCGCUA